GUUGACUAUUUUUUUGGGUGGUUGGGAACCAGAGUGAUGGGAGAGGCCUGUUGAGGGGCGGGCAGAAGCAGAGAGGCGGGCAGCAUACAGGAUAUUACUGAAAGGGGCUAUUUUUGUCUCUUUCCUCUGCUUUUGUAAAGGACGCUUAGUUCUCUCUGUAGCAAUGGAUGCACUUAUUCUCCAGGAGCGUCUGGUGGAGAGACUGCUUUCCCCUAGGAUCCGAAAUGCCAAGCUGAAGGACCAGGAAAAGCAGUAUGUUGGAUUCGCCACUCUUCCAAACCAGGUCCACAGGAAGUCUGUCAAGAAGGGUUUUGACUUCACAUUGAUGGUGGCAGGAGAGUCCGGUCUGGGGAAGUCAACAUUGGUCAACAGCUUGUUCCUUACAGAUCUUUACAAGGACCGCAAACUGUUAAAUGCUGAAGAACGGAUAAACCAGACAGUGGAGAUUAUCAAACACACUGUGGACAUUGAGGAGAAGGGUGUCAAGCUAAAGCUGACUAUCGUAGACACCCCCGGGUUUGGAGAUGCUGUCAACAAUGCAGAGUGUUGGAAGCCCAUCACAGAUUAUAUUGAUCAGCAGUUUGAGCAGUACUUUCGGGAUGAAAGUGGCCUCAAUCGGAAAAACAUCCAGGAUAACCGCGUCCACUGCUGCCUAUACUUUAUCCCACCAUUUGGUCAUGGCUUACGCCCAGUGGAUGUGGAAUUUAUGAAGGCUUUGCAUGAGAAGGUCAAUGUGGUUCCACUCAUCUCAAAAGCUGACUGCCUCACACCCAGUGAAGUAAAGAAGCUGAAAGACAGGGUAAGAGAAGAAAUUGACAAAUUUGGAAUUAAAAUAUAUCAAUUCCCAGACUGUGAUUCAGAUGAAGAUGAGGAAUUUAAGCAGCAAGAUAAAGAGCUGAAGGAAAGCACUCCAUUCGCUGUCAUUGGCAGCAACACUGUUGUGGAAGCCAAAGGCCAAAGAGUCCGUGGGCGCCUCUACCCCUGGGGUAUUGUUGAAGUUGAAAACCAGUCACAUUGUGAUUUUGUAAAGUUGAGGAAUAUGCUGAUUCGCACACACAUGCACGACCUGAAGGAUGUUACCUGUGAUGUACACUAUGAGAACUACCGUGCACAGUGCAUCCAGCAGAUGACCAGUAAGCUGACUCAAGACAGCCGGAUAGAAAGCCCCAUUCCCAUUCUUCCUCUUCCAACACCAGAUGCAGAAACAGAGAAGCUGAUUAAAAUGAAAGACCAAGAGCUCAAACGAAUGCAGGAGAUGCUCCAGAAAAUGCAGCAGCAGAUGCAUGAACAGGAGCAGUGAGGAGGAGAUGGAAUCUUAUCACAAAUCGGACAGAGUGACCUAUCUACACCCUGGCCAGCGAUGUGCGGGGCAUCGCAGUUUAGGAGAAUAAGACAUUGUUCAAAAAUAGGGUGUAACAGUACUUGAUGUCAGUCGGUACAUGGAAGCAUGUUACAUACAUGGUGUUUUAAAGCAAACAAAAAAGUGAAGCACUUCCGUUUUUAAAAGAUGUAUGUGAUGUUUGUCAAAAAUGUAAGGUUCAAUAUUUAAUUACAGUAUCUAUUUAUGACUGA